AUGUUAUCCAUCGCCAAACUUCCCCGCUACCCUAUUUCCGGUAUAGUUGCAACACCUUCAUAUACUGCUCUUAAAAUCAGCAUCCCAAAAUCUAUAGACCAAUUUGCAAGCAUUGACCAAACAGACCUCACAGAUUUGGUCAAAUCCAAAAACUUGGAGAUCCUUGGAAAUUUAAAUGGUGUCACAGGCUUGGCUGAAUCUCUACGGACCAAUCUCGAGCAUGGAAUCAGUGAUUCCGAGAUGGAAACACGAAAAACCGCAUUUGGUUUCAAUACUUACAAUAAACCACCCCCGAAAGGGUUUGUUUACUUUGUGGUGGAGGCUUUUAAGGACCCCACGAUUCUGAUAUUACUCGCAUGUGCAGCACUUUCGCUUGGGUUUGGAAUCAAAGAAGAAGGGGCGAAAGAAGGGUGGUACGAAGGUGGGAGCAUCUUCGUGGCAGUUUUUUUAGUUAUUGCUGUUUCUGCGGUUAGUAACUUCCGGCAAGAAAGACAGUUUGACAAGUUGUCAAAAAUAAGUAAUAAUAUAAAAAUCGAUGCAAUACGAGAUGGAAGGCGACAAAAGAUAUUGAUUUUCGAUGUGGUGGUUGGAGACGUUGUGAUUCUUAACAUCGGAGAUCAGAUUCCGGCGGACGGAUUGUUCAUCGAUGGUUACUCUUUGCUUGUGGAUGAAUCGAGCAUGACCGGAGAAAGUGAUCAUAUAGACAUUGAUUCCAUCCGGAAUCCGUUUUUGAUUUCCGGUUCAAAAGUGGCAGACGGGCAUGGCCGAAUGCUUGUGGUAUCGGUCGGAAUGAACACCGCUUGGGGAAAGAUGAUGAGCUCCGUAACCGGUGAUUCCAACGAACAAACGCCGCUACAAGCUCGUCUUAAUAAACUCACGUCUUCAAUCGGGAAAGUCGGUCUUGCAGUUGCUUUCCUUGUUCUUGUGGUCAUGUUAAUCCGGUAUUUCACCGGAAACACAGAAGACGAACACGGGAAUCGGGAAUACAACGGGAAAAGGACAGAUACGAACGAUAUACUCAAUUCCGUUACACGUAUUUUCGCGGCGGCGGUGACGAUUGUUGUGGUGGCGAUCCCGGAAGGAUUACCGCUAGCUGUUACACUCACGCUCGCUUACUCCAUGAAACGAAUGAUGGCGGAUCAAGCCAUGGUUAGAAAGUUGUCCGCCUGUGAAACCAUGGGUUCCGCCACUGUUAUAUGCACUGAUAAAACCGGGACCUUAACCAUGAACCAAAUGAAAGUUACAAAAUUCUGGCUCGGCCUCGAUCUCAUUGAAGACAAUUCCUCUAAUUCCAAUACAAUAGAUACGCAAGUCAUCGGACUUUACCAUCAAGGAAUCGGUUUAAAUACAACCGGUACCGUUUACAACUCCGGAACCGGAAUAGAGUAUUCCGGCAGUCCAACCGAAAAGGCGAUUUUGUCAUGGGCGGUAACGAAUUUGGGUAUGGAUAUGGAGAAACUGAAACGGGAUUGUACCGUUUUGCAUGUCGAGACGUUUAAUUCCGAGAAGAAACGGAGUGGGAUUUCGGUUACGAAGAAAGAAGAUGACACUGUACACGUCCACUGGAAAGGAGCUGCUGAAAUCAUACUAGCAAUGUGUUCAAAUUAUUAUCAGAAAUCCGGUGUUCUAAAGCCUAUAAAUCACGAAGAAAAGACACGCCUCGAGAACAUAAUCCAAGGAAUGGCAGCAAGCAGCCUGAGAUGCAUCGCCUUCGCUCAUAAACAGAUUCCAAAUGGUACGAAUUACAAAACACUAAACGAAGAACAAUUGACAUUGUUGGGAAUUGUAGGGAUUAAGGACCCGUGUAGACCAGGGGCAAAAGAAGCCAUAGACGCAUGCAGAUCUGCUGGGGUGGAGAUCAAAAUGAUAACAGGUGACAAUGUGUUCACAGCAAAAGCCAUAGCUACAGAAUGUGGGAUUCUGAAAGGAGGUCAAACGGUCAACAAAGGUGAAGUGAUAGAAGGCGAGGAGUUCCGAAACUACACAGACGAUGAAAGAAUGGAAAAAGUCGAUAAUAUAAAAGUAAUGGCGAGAUCGUCUCCUUUUGACAAGCUUCUAAUGGUGCAGUGUCUUAAAAAGAAAGGUCAUGUGGUUGCAGUCACGGGUGAUGGAACAAACGAUGCACCGGCUCUAAAAGAAGCCGAUAUCGGGCUUUCAAUGGGGAUUCAAGGAACCGAAGUGGCUAAAGAAAGUUCGGAUAUUGUCAUUUUAGAUGACGAUUUCGCUUCUGUUGCAGUUGUUUUAAGAUGGGGUCGGUGUGUGUACAACAACAUACAAAAGUUUAUUCAAUUUCAACUCACUGUGAAUGUUGCAGCUCUUGUUAUAAACUUCGUUGCAGCUGUAUCAGCUGGUGAUGUCCCGUUAACAGCUGUCCAACUAUUAUGGGUCAAUCUGAUUAUGGAUACUUUAGGUGCACUAGCACUUGCCACGGAGCGACCCACUAAAGAACUGAUGCAUAACCCUCCCGUGGGUCGGGUCGCCCCGCUUAUAACGAAUGUGAUGUGGAGGAACUUAUUGGCACAAGCUAUGUAUCAGAUAACGGUUCUUUUGACGUUUCAGUUUAAAGGUAAAUCGAUCUUUAAUGUUGAUGAGAGAGUGAAGAAUACGAUUAUCUUCAAUACUUUUGUGUUCUGUCAAGUGUUUAAUGAAUUCAACUCGAGGAAGCUGGAGAAGAGGAAUGUGUUUCAAGGGCUUCAUAAGAACAGAUUGUUUAUUGGGAUUAUUACCGUGACUGUUGCUCUUCAGAUUGUGAUGGUGGAGUUUUUAAAGAAUUUUGCAGAUACUGAGAAACUGAAUUGGGGGCAGUGGGGGAUUUGUAUAGCAAUUGCAGCAUUGUCAUGGCCUAUUGGUUGGUUUGUGAAGUUGAUACCAGUGCCAGAUAAACCGUUUUUAGACUAUAUACGACUAAUACGAAGGUGGAUUUGGUAA